UCUACAGAGCUGAUCUCAUUUUUUGCAUCUUUGUUUGCAGAUGCUGCUGUAUGUCCUUUAAUUUAGUGACUUUGGUGGUCCUGGAGAUUGACUUCAGGACCUUUGCGCUGAACUACUUCCUCAGCCCUGUUUUUUAUUUUUUUAUUUUGAGGCAGAGUUUCUCUAAGUGGCUAAAUUUCACAAGGCUGGGUUCUGACUUUCGAUCUUCUCGCUUCAGCCUCCCAGAGUGCUGGGAUGAUGGGUGUGACCACCUCACUCAGCUAUGCCUUAUGUCCUCUGUACUUGUCAUUCGUACAUUCUUUGCAGAGGCUUAGAGGUCUGGUGAGGAGAGCUGCCUGAUUUGAAGAGGUGGCGCUCUGAGGUUAAAUCAUGGGCCUAAGUUUCCUUAAUGAGUAGUGGGGCUGGGAUUUAACCUGGUUAGUCUGACUCUGGAGUCCAUGUUCUUGAGCACAAACCUCCACCGUCUCACCUAGGGAACCUGAUUGCCUGACUGUCUGGAUAUUUUUGUUUUUCAUGGUAGUCAUUGUUUCUAAUGUAUGUUUCAUGCGCUCUGAUGUUUUUCCUGCAGUGUCUGUGGGAAGCUCCUUGAGAUCCUCUGAGGAAGCAAGCCUCCUAUAAUGUCUAUGCCUGUCCCCUCCCUGGUGACCAGGGGCAUCUACUUAGUAAGGGAGCAGAAGCUCCAGACCCCUGCGAGUGGGACCUGGUCAGCCUUUGAGUGACAUGUGGGUCUGUGGCGUGUCACGACCUGGAGAAGAUGUAAGACUGGAAGGGAAGUUCUCAGCUGAGGCCCAGAGAGUGGGAGUGGAGCUGAGCCGGACGCUCCAGCAUGAACCACAGCUCCAGGAAGAAGUAGAUUCUCCCUGGCUCCCCGCCAUGGCCUGUGAGCCGCAGAUGGACCCCGGUGGGGCAGCCAGCCCAUUGCCCACCUCCUCCCCUGGCUGGAGCACGCUGCCUGGGGGGAGCCCUCCGAGGUGGGGACAAGAGCUGCACAAUGGCCAGGUCCUCUCAGUCCUCCGGGUCGACAAUGCCUGUGCACCCAUCUCCUUUGACCUGGGAGCCGCAGAAGAGCAGCUGCAAGCCUGGGGCAUUCAGCUCCCCGCCGACCAGUACAGGAGCCUGGCUGAGAGCGCCCUCUUGGAGCCACAAGUGAGGAGAUACAUCAUCUACAACUCCAGGCCCAUGCGGCUGGCCUUCGCCGUGGUCUUCUACGUGGUGGUGUGGGCCAAUAUCUACUCCACCAGCCAGAUGUUUGCCCUGGGCAACCACUGGGCGGCCGUGCUUCUUGUGACUCUGGCCGCGGUGAGCCUGACCCUGACUCUCGUACUUGUCUUCGAGAGGCACCAGAGGAAGGCCAACACCAAUACUGACCUGAGGCUGGUGGCUGCCAACAGAGCCCUCCUGAGACACCAGGUGCUGCUGGGGGUGACAGACACUGUGGAAGGCUGCCAGAGUGUGAUCCAGCUCUGGUUUGUCUACUUUGACCUGGAAAACUGUGUGCAGUUUUUGUCUGACCACAUUCAAGAAAUGAAGACCAACCAAGAGUCCUUGCUGAGAAGCAGACUGAGCCAGCUGUGUGUUGUCAUAGAGACAGGGGUGAACCCCACAAUGGCGGAGGGGCCCGCAGACCUGGAAGAUGCUCCUCUCCUGCCCAGAGAAGAGACCAGGCCUCAAGAGAGACCAGUCCUGCAGACUGAGCUGCACCAGCUCGUGCCUGAGGCCGAGCCGCAGGAAAUGGCUCAGCAGCUCCUGGCGGUGUUUGGUGGCUAUUACAUUCGGCUCCUGGUGACCUCCCAGCUCCCCCGGUCAGUGGGGACCCGGCACAUAGACUCUCCAAGGGUUCCGUGCCCUUGCCAACUCAUAGAAACACAUAUCCUGGGCCCCGGGUGCUGCUCCUUCCUGAACAGGUGACCUAGGGAUGAAGGCCUUUAUCUUCCUCCAAGACUGAGAAGAAAGGGAGGCCUCUGGCGCCAAAGAUGGCCCAUGGUGUCCUGGAGAUGGGCAUCCAGGAGUGCUCCCAAGGGUGCCUGUGACAUCGGCAGCAGGGAUGUCGUGCCCAUGCCAGGACCCUGUGCAGAAAUGCCUUGAUGGGAUCCCAUGCUGACCGCAGGGCUUUGCUGAAGCUGAUGGUUGGUGGGCUGGUUCCACCCCCAGCCCCUCUGUGUGCUGUGCAGAGCUUCAGGCAUGGAUGGAAAGGCGACUCCUCCUCAGGGCCCAGGAGAUGUGAAGGUGACCUGCCAGGGUCCAUCAGGUAUCUAAAGCUUGGUCUCACAAGCUGCUCCCAUCUCCAGCCCCUUCAUCUCAGAUGGGAAGACUGGGGCUCAGGGAGAGCACUGCCCUGUAUCGUUGCCUCUGACCUUGCAAGCUGUAGGACCGCCUCUCUCCAGUCUGCAGAAAGAAGCAGUCUCAGGAUGCCCUCCAUUCUUAGGCCGCUCUCCCCAACAUUCUGUGAACGGCAAUGUGCCUGGGCUUGUGCGCUUGCACUGGGGACCAGAGGCAGGGGUGGAAGAUGGGAGUCAGAAGGAGAACGCGGAGGGGAGUGAGACCAAGGAGGAUACCGCUAACAAGAGUAUUUGCAAAAGCUGGAUCGAUCCUGUUUGACUUGAGGACUGUUUGUUCAAAGACAUGCAUGCUCGUGGCUGUGCUUUCAUCCUGCAGAUGUGAAACACUAGUUUUGUUUUCUGAUACUGAUAUUACGCCACUGACCACGACAUCUGAUCAGUCGGUCCUGGAAUUCUGCGAAGAGCUCUGAGACCGGCCGGUGUUCUGCUCCCCCAGCAUGUGAAGACCUGUGGUGCCUAGGUCUGGGUUGCAAAGCUGCGGCCUGGCAUCUGAGGGCUCCAGGCCCCCAGCGCCCAACCUUCAUGUAUCAUCAAAGUCAUCGUCUACAAAACCCUUUUAUCGCCGAGUCUGUCCUGAAUGGAUACAUCUGUUCUUUUCUGUGUGUUGGACUCGUACUCAUGCCUUGACUCCCAGCUUUCCUUAGCUCUCCCUCCGGAAGUCUUCCCACACAGCAGCCUUGCUGCUCACUACCAGCUCUAAGUUCCCAUUACAGCAGCUGCCUGUAUACUAAUGUUGUAUGUUACUCGUUCGAAUUUCCUGCGCACCUCCGAACCAGUUUUGCUGCCAGAUUGUAAACUCCUCAAGGUCUAGACCUGCUAAGGGGGAAAAGCCCCGUGGACAGAUUGCUUUCUUGUCUGUAGAGCAGCACCCUCAAAUUGCUCUCCAAACCCAGCUGGCUGAUGAGAUCUGGGUUAUGAUGGACCUGGAUUCUGGUCUUGAUCGUCUACUCUCACCUGUGUAACUUUUGGCCAGUUCCUUUCCUCCGCUGGUCCUUAUUUUCCCAUCUGUGUGAUGGGUGGAUUGGAUGAUUCUAAAGGGGUCUUCUAGGGCCAAAGUUCUGGUAAUUUCCAUCUUACGCUGCUUUCUGCUACAGCUUUAUCUACAUGCAGAAAGUCCCCACUUCCCCAUGGGCCUGAUGUGCCCUUGGAUGAGACACUGGCUUAGCUAGCGGAACACCUGGAUUCUUGUCCUAGAUCUGCUUCCUAGCUGUGUAACCUUGGAUAAGUCCCUUACCCUCUCUGAGUGUCAGUUUACUCCCGUAUAAUGUGGAUCUGGUGCAGUUGGAAUGUCUUCCUGCAGAGGUUGUGCUCUGGGAGAGGCAAACCUGACUGCUUCCUUGUGCCAGAAAAGAGGGGUCGGUCGUACACAUCAAACAGCCCCUGGACAAGACUGUCACAGGCCGAAUCUCUAGCCAUGUUCCAGGGCAGCUUUCCUCAAUGAAGUUAUUCAGGGAGGCCAUUGCGAAGGCCGUGUCCGGACACUGAGAAAACGUUGGUGAGGAUGUGACCAGCACACACCUGUAUUUAUCAUCACAAUCAUAAAACCCUGUAAGUAUGCUAAGCGAAUAAAAAUGUGUUUGUUAAAUGACAAA